UCUAAAGCCACUUCAUCUUGGACUCGUUCGAUGAAUAAGUCGUAAAAAAAAAUGAGAUCUUCUUCUUCACCUUCUUCAUAGAUCUCAGAUCCCGAUUCCGUCUCCUCCACACAUCCAACGCCGGAGUAACACCUCGUUUCCAUCUCUCUCUCUCUUUCUAUCUCCCCUCAGAUCUAGCGAAGAAAGAGUUGACUCAAAGCAAACCAUGGCGUUGAGCAUACGCAAAGCGAUCGGCGUGGUGAAGGACCAAACAAGCAUCAGCAUAGCCAAAGUAGCCAGCAACAUAGCUCCAGAUCUGGAAGUCGCGAUCGUCAAAGCCACCAGCCACGACGACGACCAGUCCACGGAGAAGUACAUCCGCGAGAUCCUCAGCCUCACCUCCCUCUCCCGCGGCUACGUCCACGCCUGCGUCACCUCCGUCUCCCGCCGUUUAGGAAAGACGCGCGACUGGAUCGUCGCGCUCAAGGCCCUGAUGCUCGUCCACCGCCUCCUCAACGACGGCGACCCGCUCUUCCAGGAGGAGAUCCUCUACGCGACCAGGCGAGGCACGAGGAUCCUCAACAUGUCUGAUUUUCGCGACGAGGCUCACUCCAGCUCCUGGGACCACUCUGCUUUCGUUAGGACGUAUGCUAGUUACUUGGACCAGAGGCUUGAGUUGGCUCUUUUCGAGAGGAAAGGUAAAAACGGUGGGGGGAGUAGUAGUCACCACAGUAAUAACGGUGAAAACGAUGGUUAUGGUCGGUCUAGGGAUGAUUUUCGAUCUCCUCCCCCUCCGAGAGGUUAUGAUUAUGAGAACGGUUACGGUAUGCCUAAGAGGUCUCGUUCUUUUGGUGAUAUGAGUGAGAUUGAGAAGAAAGAUGUGACUCCUCUUAGAGACAUGCCUCCGGAGAAGAUUUUUGGGAAGAUGGGACACUUGCAGAGGCUUCUCGAUCGGUUCUUGUCUUCUCGACCUACCGGUUUAGCUAAGAGCAGCAGGAUGAUCUUGGUCGCUAUGUACCCGAUCGUGAAAGAGAGUUUCAGGCUUUAUGCGGAUAUUUGUGAAGUUUUGGCUGUUCUUCUUGAUAAGUUUUUCGAGAUGGAGUAUACGGAUUGCGUGAAGGCCUUUGAUGCUUACGCUAGUGCGGCGAAACAGAUUGAUGAGCUCAUUGCGUUUUACCAUUGGUGUAAAGACACUGGUGUGGCGAGAUCCUCUGAGUAUCCUGAGGUUCAGAGGAUCACGAGUAAGUUGUUGGAGACGCUUGAGGAGUUUGUGAGGGAUAGAGCUAAGAGGGGUAAGAGUCCUGAGAGGAAAGAGAUUGAAGCUCCUCCUCCUGCUGCUCCGGUGGAGGAGCCUGAACCUGAUAUGAACGAGAUCAAAGCGCUUCCUCCUCCAGAGAACUACACUCCUCCACCUCCUCCUCCACCGGAGCCUAAGCCUGAGCCGAAACCGCAAGUAACCAAUGAUCUAGUUGACCUGAGGGAGGAUGGUGUCAGCGCUGAUGACCAAGGGAACAAGUUUGCUCUCGCGCUUUUUGCUGGUCCUGCUAGUAGUAAUGGGAAAUGGGAAGCUUUCUCCUCUGAUAACAGCGAGGUGACAUCAGCUUGGCAGAAUCCAGCAGCUGAGCCAGGGAAGGCGGAUUGGGAACUUGCAUUGGUCGAGACAGCUAGUAAUCUUGAGCAUCAGAAAGCCGCAAUGGGCGGUGGUUUAGACCCGUUGUUGCUCAACGGCAUGUACGACCAAGGAGCUGUUAGACAACACGUGAGCACCUCGGAGUUAACAGGUGGAAGUUCAAGCAGUGUCGCCAUGCCUUUACCGAGUAAGACCAACAGCCAUAUAUUAGCACUCCCUGCACCUGAUGGAACCGUUCAGAAAGUGAACCAAGACCCUUUCGCUGCUUCACUAACGAUCCCACCACCUUCGUAUGUGCAAAUGGCUGAGAUGGACAAAAAGCAGUAUCUAUUGACUCAGGAGCAGCAGUUAUGGCAGCAGUAUCAGCAAGAAGGAAUGAGAGGUCAAGCUAGUUUGGCUAAGAUGAGUCCAGCCCCAAACGCAAUGCCUUAUGGGAUGCCACCGGUUAACGGGAUGGGACCGCCACCGAUGGGGUAUUACUACAACAACCCUUACUGAUUUCAUUUGGCUUUUGUUCUUUUUCUUACAUAAAUAUUAUAUAUUUUCCGAGCAAUAUAAUUACUUUGUGUUACAAUCCUGUUUCUUCUUGUAUUGUUUCCGGUCAUAUGGCUCUGCUUGGAACGUGUGAGACUUUUUCUGUUUUGAGUUUGAUUAAUAAAGUCAUCCAUAAACAUUUUUUCUUGAAUUUGUAAAAUAUUGUAUUCUUAUGAGAUCGCUUGGUUGUC